AUGGCCCUCUCUGCGUCGGCACCGCCCACCGGCAUGAUGAUUGACCCUACAAAGCAGGGCGAAUAUCCGAUCCUGCUCGGCGACAAGUUGGCCAGGAAGGGUGGUGCGGAUGCCACUACAUUCAUAAACAUCACAUACAACCACAAGAGCAAGUCCGCAACCGCGCAUCAACGGACAAAGAUCACUCGCUCCCCGAUAUCACAAGACAUAUAUAACCUCGCGAUUACAGAUAAGGCCGGGAAUGCCGAGCAGACCACGUUGGAAUACAAAUACCGAGGCAGCAUAGACCCGUCUAUGCCAGUCCAGGGUUCCGAAGCAAGGAAUCUUGUCCUGAUUUUUGACCCGAAUCGCAAGGCCUUUAUCUUGGAGCCUGUCAACGCCAGUCUGCAUUUCAAUCUGCGCUCUGCUCCCGGGAAAAACAAGGAAUUAAUUGAACAAUAUGAGCAACUGCACACACUCGGGGAUGACGGUGACCAUACAUCUCGAGACGAGUCCGAUGACGAGAAACCAGAAGAUGCUGAGCAGGACAAUCCCUAUGACUUUCGGCAUUUCCUCCCCAAGCCAGAUGUUGAAAAGGCGAAACCAAUCAUGUCAACAACCACAACACCGGAUCCGCAUAAUGUCGUCAGCAGGGCUGCUACCCCUACGAUGCCGCCUACAAAGGCUCAGAAGGCCAAGCCGUCAGCACCACCCAGGCCCAAACAGCAGACUAAUCCUUUGCGGCAACCAAAACGAGCACCCAAGGCUAGCCCAGCUAUUAAAGCAUCCACUACAAAGACAAAACCUCAACCUAAGUCGGCACCGCGUGUGGACCCAGAAGAUGAUAUAAGCAUAUCCGGCCUAGGGCAGUCUGACGGUGAAGAGCAUGAGCAACGACAACAGAAAUCUAGCCAAGCCAUGGCCUCACCAAGCUCCAAUAUUAUUGUUGAAGAAGGAGGAAUCAUCAUUGACAUGGGGUCCCCGCCCACACGACCCAUUUUCCAGGUCGACCCAACACACUUUUCAUCCAGCAAUAACUCUGUUAAUGGUACAGAUGAGGAUGAAAAUGAGAGGGAGGAGGACGACGAUGAUGAUGAAGAAAUCGAAGCUCUUCGUCUGCCGUCUCCUGCCAGACAGAACGUGGCAGCGUCGGCAAGAUCUUUGACCCCCCCGGCUAGGGAGCAUAAUGACGAGGAUGAGGACGAGGACGAGGACGAGGAUGCUCUAGCAGCAGAAAUGGAAGCGGCAUUUGAAGAGGAGGCGUCACGGACCCAAAGCCUACAGCAAGCUCAAAGAUAUGUGCCAAGCGACGAGGAAAGUGAAGUCAGUGAAGAGGAGUGA